GUCCGACCAUAAGUUGUAAAACAAAAGACGCAUAACAGAAAAGGUUUCCAGCAUGAGUCGGUUCGUUCAUUUCCUCGUUUUGUUAAACUUUGCUAUAAUUGCAUCUGCUGAUAAGAAUGAUUGGUUUUCUACAACCGCUGGAAUGCAGAAUCUUAUUGAUGUGGAAAAUAAUUUCUUAUCGACUCUGGAGGGUUAUAUUGAAGGAAUGCAGAUGUCUUUGGACAAAAUAAAAACGUUUAAGGAUAUAAUGCGCAAAGACGUAAUCCCUGCGGUGAGCGAUCCGGAGGUUUAUAUUGGUCAUCCCAUCAAUCAAUACGCCUUGAUUAAACGUUUCGCAUUAAAAUGGUCACGGGUCGGGGAACUGCUGGACGGUUACAGUCGCAAAGGAAAAGAAACUAGAGCUCAGUAUCAUGAUGCAAUAAAAAUGUUGCCUAAUGAAGACGACAUGAUCGGUGCAGCCGAAGCCAUUGCUCGGUUGCAAAGUUACUACAGCCUAAACAUGGACGAUUUGACUAAUGGAAAUGUAAAAGAUGUGACGUCACCGUCGUUAUUAAACUCGAAAGAUUGCUUUCGAAUCGGGAAAUCGGCAUACACGAAUCGACGAUUUGACCUGUGUGAAAUAUGGAUGAACAAAUCGCUCGAGUUGUACGUUGAACAAAAAGGAAUUACCAGGGAAAACAUUUGGAGUUAUUUGAAAGAAUGCAAGAAAGAGGGAGUAAACCAGACGAUGCACAUAAAUGCUUUUCUUGAAGAUGACACAAAUAAUCAAGAAUCUUCCACAGCAGGGUAUGAUAUAUAAAUUAUAAAAAUGUAA